AUGUUAGGAAGAAGAUAUGUGAAGCUACUGCAUAUAGUAACCCCCCACACUUUAUUAAAGGUAACAUCACCUUACGGGAAGGAACUGCACAAGAAAGAAAACGAGACGCAUGGCCAGUUUGCGUUUACAACGAGCGAGACAGGAACAUACUUUGCUUGUUUGUCGUCUCAUCAUGAUCAGUCACAUCACACAGUCAAUGGCACUGCUAUAGUCAGUCUUGACUGGAAGAUGGGGAUUCGAACCAAAGACUGGGAUGCUGUUGCCAAGAAAGAAAAGAUUGAGGCAAGUUGUUAA